ACAGAGAAAGUGACAUUUACAACCCAAAUACUGUGUGCUGGUGUACCCGAGGAAAAGGACAAGUAAAAGCGAGCCAGUGCUUCCGUGUCGUAAAUUAGUUUAGUUUCAGGUCCUCCACAUUUCUUGAUGAUUACAGCCUCUUCUUUCACUGUGCCUUUCCAGUCCAUAAGAGUUUAGGGUUUUCUUAAAUAUGCUUAAAGCUGAAAUUUAUUUUCAUCAUUGUAAAGUUCUGACACCUCUUGUUAUUCUAAAGAUACAGUUGUAUUUAUUUUUCAUUUGGAGAAUACUGAUUGGUUUAGAUUUGAUUGCACAAAUUUUGUUUUUGUUUCAUAUUAAAUUAGGAGCUAUCUGAUCUAUUAAAAAUCUCUAUUUACAUGAAAGUAUAAUACAUAGGCACAAACAAGCCAAAGUAUUGUGAUAAAUGCCAAAAGGUUAUUGCAAGAGAGAGAGAAAGAAAAAAUAACAUUAAGAAUGAAUGUAGAUGACAGAAGUACUACACUUUUUUCUCUCUUUUUCAAGAAAUCCUCAAAGAAGUUUUAACUCAAUUACCUAGUCAUUAUGAAGUUUGUGGAGAUUAUGUCUUAGCCCUAUAUAACAAACCCAUUUUUUUUCAUGAAUUAGGCAUGUAUUUGUAGAAGAUCUUGGAAGUUUUCAAGAACAAAAUUAUUUCUUAUUUAUCUUGCCAAUUGUGGUUUGGCAUUGCCAUCCAUUAUUAUGCUUACAAUAAUUGUAAAUGUGUAACUCACUUUUGUGUGUGGGUUCAUGCAUUCAGUCCUUUUAUGAUAUGGUUAUCAGUGUCAUUCAGAAGACUUAAGCUAUUGUGUUUGUAAUUUAUGUAUUCAGUAUUUCAGAAUUUAUAACUUGCACAAUAUACCACUGCCUGCUCUUUGGAAAUCAAGAACACUUCUGCUUUCAAUAUGGUGGAAAGCAGCUUCCUCACAUUUGUCACAUUUGUGAGGUGCUGGUGUGGCAAAUGAAAUAUUUUUGUUGCCUGGUUAUUUGUUAAGUUGCAUUUGUUUAUUUUACUGUAUUGUUUCCUUAAAAUUUUACAGAUUGAUUUUGUUGAAUUAUGAGCGAUGUUGUUUUCUUUGAGUUUCAGUAAUUUGUUUCAGUAAAGUGAAUGUCAUUAUUCCAAAUAUUUAACAGGUGUUUUUAACAGAAUAAUGUUCUGUUAUUCCACUCAUUAUGUAUCAUUAUUGGUGGUGCUUUUCCACCAAACCUACAUUGUCUUUCAAAGCUUCCCUUUAUGGUUUAAACAUGGCUAUAGUUACUAAUGUAGGAAUCAUCCUAUUCCUUAGGAUAAUGGAGAAAAUUUACUUGAAUGUGCUUUAGCUGGAUGCCAGGCCUGUUUCUUUGUUACAUGAUAUAAGUAUGACUACAGCUGAGUGUAAUCAAAUAUGUAAUCAUAUGAUUAUGAACAAUAAGUUCCCAUUCCAUCUUUUGCAUCUCCCUCCUUUUAUGUUCAUAAUCCUGCACUACUUUCCCUAU